CGAGGCCGCGCUUGAGGUCUAGCGGCUCGGCGUCGUCCCCGCGGCCUGAGGCGUCAUCUGCGUGGGCGCUCACGCAGGGCGGGUCGGGCGGCGCAGGGCGAGAGGGAAGUCGUGGCGGCGGCGUCGGGAACAGCAGCAGUGGCGGGAGAUAAUAGAAUCUGCCCCACCAGCUGGGCCUGAGGCAUCUGAGUCAACAACGGAUGAAAAUGAAGAUGACAUUCAGUUUGUUAGUGAAGGACCAUUAAGACCUGUUCUUGAAUAUAUUGAUCUGGUCAGCAGUGAUGAUGAAGAGCCUAGUACCUCUCAUAGUGAUGGGAAUUUUAAACACAAAGACUAUAUAGACCAUCAGAAGGACAAAGUUGCUUUAACAUUGGCUCGCCUCGCCCGUCAUGUUGAAGUGGAAAAACAACAAAAAGAAGAGAAGAAUAGAGCAUUCAGGGAAAAACUUGAUUUUCAGCACGCUCAUGGUUUACAAGAAUUGGAAUUUAUUCAAGGACAUUCAGAAACAGAAGCAGCAAGACAGUGUGUUGACCAGUGGCUAAAAAUGUCAGGACUCAAAAACAGUGCAAUUAAUUCUGGGAGAAAAAAAUCAUUCCAAAGUGGAGGCAGAAUGGGGAGGUCCGAGAAGCCAAUUUUGUGUCCUAUAAUGCACUGUAACAAGGAAUUUGACAAUGGGCACCUUCUUUUAGGACAUUUGAAAAGGUUUGAUCACUCCCCAUGUGAUCCAACAAUUACAUUACAUGGACCUCUUGCUAAUUCCUUUGCUUGUGGUGUAUGUUAUGAACAUUUUGCUACUCAACAGCAGUAUAGGGAUCAUCUUCUUGCUAAGGUAGCUGCAGCCGAUGGACAUAGCAGUAGCCUUCCUCCUCAGGUCAUUCAGUGUUUUGCGUGUCCACACUGCUUUCUUCUGUUCACCACCAAGGACGAGUGUUUGAAGCAUAUGUCUGCAAAGAGUCAUUUCCGUCAGAGCUUUAAGCUGGGUGAUGAUAAGUUAACAGCACAUCCAAUAUCAUUUCCAUCUUUUGCAAAGAAACUUUUGGUCUCUCUGUGCAAAGAUGUUCCAUUUCAAGUUAAGUGUGUGGCCUGCCGCCAGACUCUGCGAUCCCACAUGGAGCUCACUGCCCAUUUCAGGGUUCGUUGUCGAAACGCUGGACCUGUAGCCAUAGCUGAGAAAAGUAUUACUCAGGUUGCAGAAGAAUUCAUAGUAAGAGGUUAUUGUUCAGAUUGCAACCAGAUCUUUGUGGAUGAAACCAGCAUCCAAAGUCACAAGAAUUCAGGACACAAAAUCACAGUUGUGAACUCAGUGGAAGAAUCAGUCUUACUUUACUGCCAUAUCAGUGAAGGCAGUAAGUCUCCUUGUGAUUUGCAUUUAUUCAGCCAACCAAAAUUUUCAUCACUUAAACGAAUUAUGUCUGUUAAAGAAUCCAGUGCAGAGGAUUGUGUCAUUCCAAAAAAGAAGCUGAAUUUAGGAGGCAAAAGCCAUGGAGGAGCAGCCUGUGUGCAGAGACAGAAUUCAGCAGUUACAGCCUGGUGUUGUGAGUGCAAUCGGCGCUUUCCUAGUGAAGAUGCAGUAGAAAGGCAUGUCUUCUCAGCAAACACAAUGUGUUAUAAAUGUGUGGUCUGUGGAAAGGUGUGUGAAGAUUCGGGGGUCAUGCGUUUACACAUGAGCCGGUUUCAUGGAGGAGCACAUUUAAAUAACUUUCUAUUUUGGUGUCGGACAUGUAAAAAAGAGCUAAUAAAGAAAGAUGCCAUCAUGGCACACAUUACUGAGUUUCAUAAUGGCCAUAGAUAUUUUUAUGAGAUGGAUGAGGUAGAAGAUGAAGUCUUGCCGUCAUCGUCUGUGGUGAGUCAUUUAGAUGCUGACAAACCACCUUCACCCAUUACUGUUGUUGAUCAUCGCCUGACAAGCAGCCCUCCAAGGGGCAGGUGGCAAUGCAGGAUUUGUGAAGAUAUGUUUGAUUCCCAGGAAUGUGUAAAACAGCACUGCAUGUCCUUGACAAGUCACCAGUUUCAUAGGUACAGCUGUGCCCAUUGCAGAAAGACUUUUCAUAAAAUAGAAACUUUGUACCGACAUUGCCAGGAUGAGCAUGACAAUGAGAUCAAGGUUAAGUACUUCUGUGGGCUUUGUGAUCUUAUUUUUAACAAGGAAGAAGCAUUUCUGAGUCAUUAUAAGGAUCACCACAGCACAGAUUAUGUGUUUGUGUCAGAAAAAACUAAAACCUCAAUUAAAACUGAGGAUGAUUUUAAAAUAAUAGAGACUAGUGAUUUGUUAAGCUGUGGUUGUCAUGAGAGUUACAUCUGUAACGUCAACAGAAAGGAAGAUUACGACAGAUGUCUUCAGAUCAUGCUAGAUAAAGGUAAACUGUGGUUUCGCUGCAGUUUGUGUUCAGCGACAGCACAGAAUUCGGAUGACAUUGCUGCUCACAUCCAUCAAGUGCAUGGAAGAGAAGACAGUGACGAGGGACAGCAGUAUGUGAUCAAGUGUGGCGUCUGCACCACAGCGUUUCAGAAUGCCGAGAGUGCUCAGCAGCACUUCCACAGAAAGCAUGGCGCCUGCCAGAAACCCGGUGGGACUAAUGGUGGAUCUGACAGAGGAAGCAUGGGCAAGUUUGCUGCCAGUGUGUCACAUGCUGAGAAAAAACCAAAGCAGACAAACUAUCAGAAACAUUCAGACGUGGAGAAAGGAGCUGAGCAUGACGCCAGCUGCCAGAAUAUAGAGGAGGAAGUUGAGCUUCCAGAUGUGGACUACCUGCGAACCAUGACUCAUAUAGUCUUUGUAGAUUUUGAUAACUGGUCGAACUUUUUUGGUCAUCUACCUGGGCACCUUAAUCAAGGAACGUUUAUUUGGGGCUUUCAAGGAGGAAACACCAAUUGGAAGCCCCCACUCAGCUGUAAGGUCUAUAAUUACUUGAACAGGAUUGGAUGCUUCUUUCUUCAUCCUCGCUGUAGUAAAAGAAAAGAUGCUGCUGAUUUUGCCAUAUGUAUGCAUGCUGGCCGACUAGAUGAACAACUGCCCAAGCAAAUUCCCUUCACUAUCCUCUCAGGAGACCAAGGUUUUCUGGAACUAGAGAAUCAAUUUAAGAAGACUCAGCGGCCAGCUCAUAUACUGAACCCUCACCACUUAGAAGGAGACAUGAUGUGUGCCUUGUUAAAUAGCAUAUCUGAUACUACCAAAGAAUGUGACAGUGAUGACAGCACUGGUGUGAAAGGCACUCCAGUAGAGGAGCUCAGAUCCACAGAGGAUGUGGAAUUAGAAGAAGCUAUUAGAAGAAGUCUUGAGGAAAUGUAAUUAAAGUUAUUACCACACAACAUCAAGUGGCCUUGAAGAGACUCAGGAAAAGGAAUUCUUGAUUUUGUUUUCUAAAGGAAACCAGAAAUCUACUAGGAUAAAUGUAUCUAAAAACAUGUUUUAUUCUUUCCUAUGUUCGGAAUCUUGUAUUUGCUUUGUAUUUUGUGCUAUUGGGUAAAACUGAACGAAAGGAACUGAAAACAUACCAAUGCAAACAUAAAUCAUAUUCUAAUAAUGGGUGUCACGUUUUUCCAGCUAACUUAGAAUUCAUGCAUUUAGGUUAAAAUCCUUUUUUAAAGGGAGAAACGUGUGGAAAGCUCUUGACUGUUGUAUGUUUUCCCUGUAGCAUUACAUCUUUAGUUUAUUGUACUGUACAAAUGUCUCUAGUUUAUUUUUUUAGGAAUGAAAAUGAAUAUAAAUAAAAGGUGCCAUAACUCAGUUUUUUUCCAGAAAUUCUGUAUGUUGUGUGACCCUAAUAUAUAAUAUACUUUGAGAUCAUUGCUUAUGAUUAUUAGAAAUGGGUAACGGAAAUUGAUUAUGGAAACAGAUUAAAGCCGGCAAGGUUCUGUGUGCUGUAAUGCAGCUGUAUGUUUUCUCUAAUUAGAGCUGCACAUUGCUACAAUAAAACCAUCUUCAAAACAA